GUUGACCUGCCAGCAGGACAAUUGAAGAAGGACAUGCUACAUGAGACGCACGUUUAUCUUAUAGACAACGGCGGCGAGAUGUUUGUAUGGCUAGGUGAAAAGUCAACCCGUUUUCUGAGGUUUGCCGGCUGUCGCCUUGUUGCCGAGCUGGCUGAUUUGAUGCCGCGUGGCUGCUUCGGCGGUGCAGAAGCUAGUCUAGCAGAGGAGCUUGUCUCUGCCGCUCGGGCCUCGGCAUUAGCAGCCAUUGGUGAUACCAAUACUACUGAUGAUGGUGCUAAAACAAUCACGGAGGGCAUUCAAGCCUGGUACCGCCGACCCCCACCCCACAUUUGCACUAGUGGGAAUGAGAAUCAAAUCUUUCAUGCUCAAUUCGGCGGCUGGAACGAGUCGUUAGCGGUUGACUUCACACGAACAGCAGAGUCAGUUGCACGUCGUGGAGCUGACCUUAACUCCAUCUUGGAGCGUGAUAAACUGCGCACUGAUCUGCGUGCCCUUUUGGCACCCCGGGAACAGGCAAUUGGCUGGGAUGAGGCAAUGCAACUUAUAUCCGAAUGGAACGAGGAUUUGGUAGGUGGUUUGACUGGCGUAUCCAAUACCCCAAGUGGCCUAUCAGCCCCUGUCGGUACAUCGGUUGGCUGUGUGGCAGGGACAGGAGCCAAUACGGCUUCCAGUCUACAACAGUUCAUUAUGUUAGGCGGAAAGUGGCAACCGGUUGAACAGCGCUGGUUUGGCCAUUUCUUUGCUAGAGACUCGUUCAUCGUGAUCGCCAGAUACUGGGCCCCGACCUUUAAAUUCAAGGACUAUCUUAAACCUAAUAUACAGUUUUGUAUGGAGGGCUCCACGAAUGCUUGUGAUUUAGGAAAAGCGAACUCGGGUACUAGAUUUGAUACAGCUGAUUCCGAAUUUAUAAUGCUAAUUGCUCGAAAUCAGGGACCACUACUUCGAUCACAAAAUGGAUCAGGAAAACAUAGCGUGGAAAUGCAUGUCUCCAUCAAUGCGGACUUUUUUCUUAAUAAGCUUUUGUUGCACAAGUGUUUGAUUAGGAUUUAUCAUCUCUAA